AUGGGGGAAGCAGACCACCUCAAUGACAUUCCUCCCACCUUCUGCCACUGGGGCCUUUUCCCGCGCAACAUAAUGAUCUCGGUCAACCCAUCCACAUAUGAGCCCAAGAUAGAAGGGAUUCUUGACUGGGACUCGGCUCUAUUUGCGCCUGCCUUUAUGAUCUGUGAGCCCCCCGCGUAUCUGUGGAACAGCAAGUUGCGCGAGGAAGCAGCAGACGAAGAGUAUAAGGACUGGCAUAUCGACCUCACCUUUGGCCCUAUCACCGAGGAAGACAAAAAGGUCAAGAGAGUAUUUGAAGAGGCCGCUGGGGAGGAGUACGUGCGCUUUGCAUACGACCCAGUGUAUCCUCUGGCUCGCCGACUGUUUCAAUUUGGUAUGACAGGUAUCCACGGAAAUGUAGCAGAUGCCGAAUUUAACAAGCUGUUGGAAUACUGGGAAACCCUCAACAAAAUAACGAAACAGGUUGCUAGCAGGUUCACAGAAAGCAUGGAGAGCGUGGACAUGGAGCCUACUCAUCAGCAACCUGAUCAUCCCUCAUCGGAGGAGACAGCCUCAAACUCCGAAGCGGGGCCAAAAAGGUGGCUGAGAAGAGUCAAGGAGAGGCCCCAACGUUUCAUUAGCAUAUGA